AUGAGCUUGUUGUCAACCAUCGACACCAGCGCCGCGCCCGUGUACCAGCCCGCCCAGCUCCUCAACUGGGUCUAUCUCUCGCUGCAAGACACGCACCAGGCCAGCGCCUUCGAUGCCUUCAGACCCGAGCCCUCCUCGUCCCAGCACCCCGACCUCGGCUACACCAAGAGCACCCCGGAGCUGGGCUCCUCACUCAGCUCCAGCUAUCUCAACAGCUUCUUCCAGCUCCAGCGGAGCGAGGCUCUGAGCAGCAGUCUCUACAAGAGUGCAUCACCUUAUGGCUCGCUUAACAACAUUGUGGAUGGGUUAAGCUCCCUCACCGAGCAUUUCUCUGACCUGUCCCUUUCUUCAGAAGCCAGAAAACCCAGCAAGAGGCCACCUCCUAACUACCUGUGCCACCUCUGCUUUAACAAGGGACACUACAUCAAAGACUGCCCCCAGGCUCGUCCAAAAGGAGAAGGCCUGACACCAUACCAGGGCAAGAAACGCUGCUUUGGUGAAUAUAAGUGCCCCAAAUGCAAGAGAAAAUGGAUGAGUGGAAACUCCUGGGCUAACAUGGGACAAGAAUGUAUCAAGUGCCACAUUAAUGUCUAUCCUCACAAACAGAGACCCCUGGAAAAGCCGGACGGCCUGGAUGUGUCAGACCAGAGCAAAGAACACCCUCAGCAUCUGUGUGAGAAGUGCAAAGUCUUGGGCUACUACUGCCGCCGUGUGCAAUAAACCUUCAACGUGGCCUCUUCCCAUCCCCAUCAUCCUGAGAUUCUCUGGCAGCAUGCCAUCAACAGCAGCACAUCAGAUCAAGAUAAAAGCUAAAAUAAUUGCCAAUAUUGCCUAUCUAAUAAUAUGCCUUACCAUUAAUAGAAUGUAACAUUUCUCCUGUGCAUGUGCAUGCAUGCAAUAGGUAUUUACAGGACUAUGAUUUGUAUACAUAUAUAUGUAAAUUUAUAUAUGUACACACAUAAGGUGUUACUGAUGAUGUUCACAACAGAACUGCAGUUACAGGUUCUGCUGAUUGUUUACACAGACCCUAUAUCACAGCCAGGUGAAAUGAAGUACUUUUCAAAAGGCAAGGAAUAAUGUUCACAAGGAAUAUUUGUUACAUGUAUGGCUUUUGCAGAGGUUCAGUAACUGUGGGGCCACUAAUUGUAAGCACUCACCCACAACAUGAACACUGUUCUUAUUAUAUGACAAGACAAAGGAAGAUAAAACAAGCCACAGCAUAAAAGGAGAAUUACUGCUUUCCCAGUUUUAGAAAGUCUUAAGAGGUUUGUACUGCUGAUUUCUUGGACUUUUUUCUAUUUGUUACCAUCUCUUGGGCAGGGCUUAGGCAAAAUAAUUUUUGCAGGACAUGAAAAAAAAGGUGAAUAAUUGUUUGAGGGGUGUGGGUUGGGUAGGAAGGGAAUGCCAUAAGAUUCCAAGAGGUUUUUGUAGGAGACAAAAUUGGCUUGCUUAUGCAACUACCAGAUCCUUCUCUUGUCAUAUAAUCCCACUGACAAGGCCCCUUCUACGUGCAUGACAUGUUCAUUAGGCUAUAAGCACAUUAAAUUUACUAUGAAUAAGGGGAUAAGAAUACUUAAAACUGACCCCAAUAUCCUUAACUAAAAGAUUAGCCAAACUUACUAUUUAUAGUAGUUUAAAAGCCACUUCCUGGAAAUAUUUUUGUGUCCUGUUUUCUACUAUAGAAAUUUGUUAUGAUAUGAAACACGUUAGCCAUAGGGGUGUUUUAAGGCAUGGAGAACACUCUAUAUAACCCUCUUUCUUUAUGUCUUCCUGAAGAAGACCUACAUACCUGGGGAGAAACUUAGGAAUUAUAUUUCAUUGUCCCAUUUCAGGUAGAACUUUGCACAGGGACAGCCUGCUGCAAAGAACAUCUUGUCAGGGAUUGGCAAACUGAAAGUACCUCGAGACAGUAUCCUGAUUGUACGUCUACAUGAGAGUACAUUGGCAAAAGG